AUGGCAGCCAAGAGACCUUCAGACGCUGAACUCACUCAAAAAUACAAUCAAUAUAAAAACGAACUUCAACAGUUGGCACAAAAGAUUGGUGAAUUAGAAUCAGAAGUGGAAGAGCACAAGCUUGUCAUUGACAGUAUCUCGCCACUGGAGCCUGAACGCAAAUGCUUUCGUAUGGUAGGCGGUGUAUUGGUUGAAAGAACCAUCAAAGAGGUUUUACCUGCUCUGGAGACAAAUUACAGUGGUAUCCAACAAGUCAUUGAACAGUUAUUACAGACCUAUAAACGCAAAGAGGAGGAAUUCAUUGAAUUCCAAAAGAAGUUUAACAUUCAAGUUGUAUCCAAACAACAACAAUAA